AUGGAGAAUUUCAACGCGUACCUCUGGUGGCUCCAGCUGCUCGCAAUGGUGGCCUUGGCGCUAUUUGGUGUGGAGCGUCUACUGCGAGGAAAAGAGGAGUCGCUUGCACUGCGACUGAUGUUUGGAGCAAUGCUCCUUCUCAUCAACGCGGUGUGGGUGUCGAACCUCUUGGUCAAUGGCGUAUGCAACCUCUUCUUUCGGAGCCCGGCUGAUGGCAGCGCGGAGGUGCCGAUUCCGACGUGCCCAGGGGCUUGGCGGGAAGGCAACGACCCGAUUCCGAUCGGUGAGCUAACUCUCCCAGUCCCGAGCAUUAGGAUGAUCACCGACCGGCUCCCACCCGUCAAGCUCUCCCUCUGGAUUUGGCGCGUAAUUUGCGACGAAUGCCGCAUUUUACGCAACAAAUUCAGAUGCUGGCUGGUAAUCCAAGCCUGGAGAGUGGGUCGUAAGUUGAUGGUCCCCUCCUGUCUCAUCGGAAGAGAAGACGAGAUGUGGCAAUACAUCGAUCGCAUCUCUCUGGUGAAACGGACGGACUCGGCAAAGGAGGAAGAGGAGCGCCUCCCCAGGGAGAAGGAGAUGGAAGAAGUCCGAGCAUGGCAACAGAGACAUGCCGGAUAUGUGCCGCCAUUAAGGCCGCUUCUAAACUUCUCCCUGCCGAACCGAGCUACCAAGUCCCAGGCCCGAAAACCCGCCACAUCUCGUCCGCUUCUCCCAACGCGUAAUGCGAAGGCGGCUCGGGGUCACUCUGACUUCCAGUUGGUUUGGCCAGACCGCCGGGUGGAAAUGCGGAUGCGGCGGAGGCGACCUGGAGGAAACGCAAGUCUGAGGCUUACGGACAUGUGUCGAAAGACUGCGGUGACCUCCAUCCACCAUCAAGAGAUCGAGAUUCAGAGGUGUCCGACUCAAGGAUCUUCAGACAUGGGAGACGUACAGCACUCCCCGAUGGUGGAGCCUCAAGACGCAGGGUUGGCGGCAAAGGUCGUCCAAACCCCAACUCUUGAGGCGGUUCGAGCCGAGGUCUUCGAGCCGAUGGAUAUUUGUCCUCCGGCCAAUACAGGCGAUUAUGGCGGUCUCAUUUCCAUGGGAAUUGAGACCCCGCCUGUGGCGACCUUCGGCGGGCCCGAAUUCAAGGACGAGGAUUCUCAGGACGGUGGCGAUCUCGUUCCCAUGGAAAUCGAUAUCACACCUGUACCGAGCUCUGAAGUCCCUGAGUUCGAGGACGAGGAAAUUGACCAGCUCGCAGAUGUCCUGGAAAAGUUGCAUCUUGACAGCCGGUACUGGGAUCCGAGAUAG